AUGCUCUUUGGAUCCUUGACCUCCCUGCUCGCCAUCGGCGCAACCCUCCACCUGGUGGAAGCCGCCACAUCUCCGCCCAAGGCCAAGACUGUCAACGGCACCUAUGUCGGGUAUGACCUGCCCGAGUUUCAACAGCAGGUCUUCCUCGGUAUCCCCUAUGCCAAGUCGCCACCGCUGAGCAAUCCCGAACCGCUCACAGAGUCGUGGAAGGGAACACGGUCGGCCCAGAAGUACGGCAACAUCUGCCCCACGCAGUCUGACGAGAGAAUCUUCAAGGCAGUCAAUGCCACCUUCUCUCACGAUUGUCUCAACCUCAACAUCAUCCGGCCCGCCAAUGUGCGCGCUGGAGACAAGCUUCCCGUUGCCGUGUGGCUCCACGGUGGUGGCUUCUUCGCAGGCUUCGGCGCAGAGAGCAACACCAACACGUCGUACGUGAUCAGGGCCAGUGUUGAGAACAAGACGCCCAUCAUCACCAUUACCCUCAACUACCGUCUCGGAUUCCUGGGAUUCCCAGGUGGACCACAGGCAGUGGCGGCGGGCAUCACGAACCUUGGUCUCAAGGACCAGCGCAUCGCCCUCCGAUGGAUCCAGGAGAACAUUGCAGCGUUUGGUGGUGAUCCUGCCAAGGUCACCCUGUGGGGUCAGUCUGCAGGCGCCAUUUCCAUCACGCACCAGAUCCUCGCAUACGGCGGCGAGGAUUCAGGUCUUUUCCGCGGUGGCAUCGCUGUCAGUGGUACGGCUGGAUACGGCACCAACAGUCUUUUCCCCCUAAGCACGCACCUGACGGACGGCUAUAACCACAUUGCCAACGCAUCCGGCUGUGCGGGCCCCGAGAUUGAUGACAGUCUCGAGUGCCUCCGAAAGAUCGAUGCCUUUACGCUGUACCAAGCUGGCUGGGAUGCCGUCAACGCAGGUCAGGCAAAGGGGGAGAUUGCCCUCUACUGGUGGCCAGCUGUCGACGGCGACUUCAUCAAGGAGCCGCCUGUCUCGCAGCUCGAUGCUGGCCGUUUCCCGCGAAACAUCAACCUCAUGACGGGUGCCAACAGCGACGAGGGCCUUCUCAGCAUCCACGUGCACAGCGCUGGCCUCAAGACGGAAGAACAGCUGAAGGACCGCCUCCAUUUCUAUUUCCCCACUGCGCGUUCCAGCACCAUCCAAAAGAUCCUUUCGGCAUAUCCCGUGGAUGCGCCUUCGUCGCCCUACUCUCUGCCCAUGAAGGGUGCCGACGGAAAGGACCCUUUCUGCGAGGCCAUGCAGGUGGCUAAUCUCACGUGCGAGCCGCAGACAAGGCGCAUGGCAUCGAUUCUCGGCGACUUUGCUUUCAUCUCGAGGCGACGGCAUUCGGCCGAAUCGUUCGCCAAGUACGGUGUUAAGACGUACAGCUACAGAUUCGACACUGACCCAACGGACAUUCCGAUCAGCGAGGUCUUGGCGCCGGGCUUCGCCACGCACGCGAGCGAGUACACGUACUUCUUUGGCUUCCCUCCCGAUUACAACAUGUAUGAGCGCAAUUCGCCGGUCGUCAACGUCAGCUCGCACCUGAGGCUCUCCCGUGGCAUCGUUGACAAGCUUGUGUCCUACAUUGCAACAGGGGACCCCAACACCAAGAAGGUUGAUUUCAUGCCUAAAUGGACACCCUACAAUGUCAAUUCGCCGAAGAACAUGCUGUUCAACGCCACAGCGUCGAACAACAAGAUCAAUGUUCGUCUUGAGGAAGAUACCUGGCGCAAGGAAGGCAUGGCGCUGUGGUCUGAGUACGCCUUCGAGCUGGACCCCGGGAGCAAGUGGAGGCGGUGA